CAAAGUAGAAAAUUUGCAUAUAGUUCGGGCCAAACUAAGGUAUUAACCAAAAAAAAAAAAAAUCUAUUACACUAUAUGCAAUUAUGCAUCCAUCCCAAACUUUCUUCCGUAUUAAUAAAAUGUUUACCUCAAACUCAGCUUGUUAGUAAACAAACACAAGUUUCAAAUGAAUUUUUCCUGAAUUGAACAUCCAGCUGCUCACGAGUAAUUCUGCCCAUCUGCAGCCCUAAUUAUAGGCUGCAGAUGAUAUCCACAAAUCGAGUCCCAUACCAGAAGUUUGAGCAAUAAUUGCUGAUGAUCGCCACUACUCUCUCCAAAUUCCAUUCAUCAACAUCACCAGCAAACCAAAACCCACUACUUCCCGUCUUGUCACGGCUCCAAAAUCCCAGAGAGAACAAACACUUCACACUCCAUGAAAAAAGAUUCCAAAUUAGAUAGUGGAAGCCAAUACGCAAGUGAAUCGAGUGCAUGUUAUGAAGAUGGGCCCGGCCCAGUCCAGGGGCCCGCAGCCGCUCUUCCUUAAUUUGUGCUGCGAAUGAAGAUGGGCGGGUUUAAGUGCGGGCCCAGUGCCAGCCGAAGAUCCAACCUCCACAAAGCCCCCAUGCCGUGCGCCGAUUGUCAACCUUGUCAUUAUUCCAUUUAAUUACAUUCAUUUAUUAAAUAAUUGACGGAUGGUUGAUGCGAUUGAGACGGUCCACGUCUCUUCUCCAGUUGAAGUGUUGUUGUUUUCAACUGAACUGUACUGAAGGAAAAUUUACCCACCCACUGUUUGCGUUAAUCCUCGACGUAAUUCUAACCGGAUCAAUAAUUAGUACACUAAUGACGGGAGUUAAGGUUUGGGCGCGUUACUCGGCAUGUAAUUAAUUCCUUUCCGGCCAUUAUUUAAUUCACCGGAGAAAGUCUGCGUUUGAUCGAGGUAGCUUCCGGUUCCGGAACGUGACCUCUGCAGACUGCAAAUGGACCUCUGUCCCUUCUGUCUCUGCAUAAUUAUAUAUUAACCAGGGGAUUAAAAAAGAGAAUGGGAUACAGCCAGACAUCCCAACAAACAAACCUACCUUGAUUAAAGUUAGAUUCAUUCAAGAAACUUAUUAGAUUAAAUAUAAAUCCGAAGGAGAAAAAGCCCGGCAAAGGAAAGCAGCUGAUCCGCCUAACAGCUACACACCCAAACAGUACAGACAUAGUACUGGAGCCACCCACUUGCAGAACCCAGUCACACCGGUCUUAAUCCGAUAACUCGAAUUAUUGGGAGUAAGGAUAGGUUGUGUUCACAUUAUUAUUCUACUUUUUCAUGCUUAAUUGAUGGAUUGAUUCCGGGAGAUCUGGCAUCAUAAGUAUUGGCUUUUUCCUUGUUUGCUUUCCUUGCUAGCUUUCUUCUUCUUGUUCUUCUACUACUGCUCUACUCUCUUCCUAGUCCAUCUCCUGCUCUCCAUUUUUACGAAGCUUAUUGCUACAGUUGUAAUUUUUGUGAAAUAAUAUAACUUUUUGAAGAAAAGGGGAGUGAAAGUUGUAGCCCACUAGUGUUGUCAAGUAGUACCCCAGUUAACUAUAUAUGAUGAGCACGUAGCAGAAAGGGGACAGAGGAAAGCAAGCCAGCCAGCCCCAGUCCUACCCUGCAUUUUGUGCGGCAUUCCUCCACCCGCCGACACGCCUCCAUCUCCAUUUUCUUGCUGCCUGCUUCUUCUCCUGAUUGCGAGAUUGGAAGGUGGGAAAUGAUGAGCAGCAGGGUUUUCAUGAUUUGGGUCUGGGCGGUGGUCGUCGGGAUACCGGCGGCGACGGGAGAUGGGUGGUUCCAUGGGGAGCGAGUGUACGAAGAAGCUGAAGAGGCGGCGUUGAUAUACACCAAUGUCACUGGUGUUUACUCCCCCAAGUUUCACGGUAAUGAAUCCAAAGCGGUUUACUCUCCGCUAAUGGUCGGUCUCACCCUCAUCCCUGCAGCUGCGGCCACAGGAGCUGUUUGCUUGGAUGGAACCUUGCCUGGGUAUCAUUUACACCGUGGAUUUGGCUCUGGAGCAAAUAGUUGGCUAAUCCAAUUGGAGGGAGGAGGGUGGUGCAACAGCAUUAGAACCUGUGUAUACCGCAAAACUACCAGACGUGGUUCAUCUAGAUACAUGGAGAAGCAAUUGGCUUUCACGGGGAUCUUGAGCAAUAGAGCUGAAGAAAACCCUGAUUUCUACAACUGGAAUCGUGUAAAGGUCCGGUACUGCGAUGGUGCUUCAUUUCUCGGCGACAGUGAAAACAAGGCAGCACAGCUGCAAUUUAGAGGGCAGCGGAUUUGGGUAGCUGCAAUGCAAGAUCUUAUGUCAAAGGGAAUGCGCAAUGCCCACCAGGCUCUUCUCUCAGGGUGCUCUGCUGGGGGCCUGGCUACUAUUCUACACUGCGACGAGUUCAGUGAAUUGUUCCCCAGGACAACCAAAGUGAAGUGUCUGAGUGAUGCUGGCCUGUUUCUUGAUUCACUCGACGUAGCUGGGGUGCGUACUCUCAGGAACAUGUACAGUGGUGUAGUGAGUUUGCAGGGGGUGGGAAAGAACCUGCCUCGUGUGUGCACCAACCAUCUGGAUCCAACGCUGUGCUUCUUCCCUCAGCACAUAAUUGCUAGCGUUAAAACGCCGCUGUUCAUUCUCAAUGCGGCCUACGAUUCCUGGCAGAUCCAGUCCAGUUUAGCUCCACCCUCUGCAGAUCCCCAUGGCCUCUGGAAUGACUGUAGAAAGAACAAUGCAAGAUGUAAUCCAUCACAAAUCCAAUUUCUGCAAGGUUUCAGGAACCGAAUGUUGAGAACCGUAAGAAGAUUCUCAAUGUCCAAGGCGAACGGGAUGUUCAUCAACUCGUGUUUCGCCCACUGCCAAACGGAGAGACAGGAUACGUGGUUCGCUGAUGAUUCUCCUGUCAUCCGGAACAAGGCCAUUGCUCUAGCGGUUGGGGAUUGGUAUUUCGGGCGUUCAGCAGCACGAGCAGUCGACUGUGCGUAUCCAUGCGACCAGACUUGCCACAACUUGGUCUUCAAAUGAUACAGAUGCAAAGGCUCUGCAACCAUAUAUCAAUCGUUUGUUCACCUUUCUAUAUGAUGUUGGUCGUUGGAAUGAAGGAAAAGAAGGUGGGGCGGUAUAGCUAUACUGCUAUAGUAUUGUUCUGUGAGGUUCUCGUUCCUUUGGUUAUUGUUUCUGUACGUAGUUGCACAUUGCAUACUGGGUACAGAAGGUGAAAGCUCAUAGAAUAAUCACCACCUUGGUGAGCUAACGCGUCGCGCGCCUCUCCACAUUUCCAUGUUACUACUCUAUUUGUUACGUAUCAAGGUUGUCAACUCGCGGGUUGACCCGGACCCGGUUGAGCUAGUGGGUCAAGGGUUAAUGGGUCAUCCGGUUUAGCCCGGAAAUAUGGAAAGCGUCAUUAUAUUGUACUUAUCCAGAUAAAUUAUAUCAAAUCUCAUCUAACAUAUGAGUUAUAACAUAUAAUAUUACACCAAAAUAACAUUUCGUACUUAGAUUCAACAUAUAGUAAAAAUUCACACACACUUAUAUAACUUUAACAUUCAAAUGUUCAACUUAAAAUUCCAAACAUUGAGUUAGGCGAAAAGAAACAUCGGAAAAUAGACGCAUUUCGCAAUACAAAGAAAAAAAUGACACAAUUUGACCUCAAACCCAGUACCUUGUGGCGGUCAACCCGGCGGGUGCGUGCGGCCCGUUUUUCUCACCGGAUCAGGGUCAAAGUGGGUCAACCCGCGGGUCGACCCGCGGGUUGACAACCUUGUUAUGUAUUCGUUAAGGGUAUUUUAGUAUAUUUAGUUGACAGGUCGAUUAGAAUUUCGUGUCGGAGUCUAUACAAGUGUACUUAAUCGGAUAAAAUGAUGCCGAAUAUUGACAAAAGUUACUCGUUUUCUCUGCUUCAAGUUCCAUCUUCCCUCCUGUUAUUCUGUAUUUGCAUAUUUUCCUGUCUUGUCUUUCCAUCCUACAUUCCUAUUUCUGUUCAAUUCUCACUUGUUGAGGACAUCACAAAUGGGCAGGGAUGGCAAUGGGUCGGGUCGGGGACGGAUAGUGCAUAUUCGUUACCCUACCCAAAGUAGUUCGGGUUUUACUCAUAUUCAUGCCCACAUAAGAAAUGGGUAGAAAAUUCAAAUCAUGCUCAUACCCGUUCGGAUUUCGGGUAUCCACGGUUAUCCGUGGGUAAUAGUUUUUCUUUAUAAAUCCAACCAAUAUGUUAAUAUUUACACAUAUUCUCACGUUACGUAAGACGAAAAGUACGACAAUAAUUCACUAGAAUGAAGAAAAUUAAUUAAAACAACACAAUUUCAUAAAAAAUUAUAUUUAUAUGCUAAAUAUAAAAUAUGUUAGAGAAAAAUAUUGAUUAUUUCUAGACAAAAUACAUAUGCAUGAGUAUAAUCGGGCGAGUUCGGGUUGGAUAGUGAGAAAACCAUGUCUGCCCAUUACCCGCAAUAUUCGGGUUCGGAUUUUACCCGUACUCCCUAAAAGUCUUUUGAGUUCGGGUUUUACGCUACCCUAUUCGGUCAGAUUCGGGAGGAUAUUCACGGUUACAGAUAUUUUUGUCAUCCCUACAAAUGGGAACCGUAGCUAGAAGAUGAUUUAUAUAGUGCGGGCAGAGGCACAUGGAUGCAUGAAUUGGGCUGGUUGGUUUCUUGUAUAUAGGACCUAGCAGACAAAACGGGCCUAACUGCGUGCCAAACCCUAUGAUAAGCACGUGACGGGCCUAAUUGGGUGACAAACUGAAACGACUAGAUUAGCACGAUGCAUGUUGAAUUGAUUGAGUUUACAAAAACAGAUUUUUUUUUGGUUAAGGCGCAUUUCCGGAGCCCACUGAAUAAGUCUAGUCCAGCCCACUUAGAUUAGUUGCUUGAUGAGUCCAUGGGCUGGAGCCCAAGACAAACUGUUAGUUUAAAUGCUACCGCUGGGGGAUGGACAACUGGAGGAUGAGAUAGCAUGACUAACCUUAGGAAAAAUGACACCUCUAUUAAUUAUAGGUUUUUUAAGAUAAUUAAUUUGUGUUGCAUUU